GAAUAUGCCUCCACUGUGCGGCGAGCGGUACAGUCUGGGAAUGUCAACUUGAAGGACAGGCUCACCAUUGAGCUACACGCGGAUGGGCGCCAUGGGAUUGUCCGUGUGGACCGGGUGCCGCUGGCAGCCAAGCUGGUGGAUCUGCCCUGCAUCAUCGAGAGCUUAAAAACCAUUGACAAGAAAACCUUCUAUAAGACAGCAGAUAUUUGCCAGAUGCUUGUUUGCACUGUGGAUGGUGAUCUCUACCCCCCUUUGGAAGAGCAAACUGUGAGCACUGACCCUAAGGCAAACAAGAAGAAGGACAAGGACAGAGAGAAGAAAUUCAUCUGGAACCAUGGCAUCACUCUUCCCCUGAAAAAUGUACGGAAGAGACGAUUCCGGAAGACAGCUAAGAAGAAGUAUAUUGAGUCUCCUGAUGUGGAAAAAGAGGUGAAGCGCCUCCUGAGCACAGAUGCUGAAGCUGUCAGUGUCCGCUGGGAGGUCAUUGCCGAAGAUGAAACAAAAGAAGUAGACAACCAUGGUUCACUCACCAGCCUGGACAUCUCCUCCCCAGGGAUGUCAGGACAUAAGCAAGGCUCCUCAGAACAUGAUGAACUGCGGGAGAUAUUUAAUGACAUCAGCAGCAGCAGCGAAGAUGAAGAUGAGCGGGAUCAUCAUGACGAUGAAGACCUGAACAUCAUGGACACUGAGGAUGACUUGGAGAGGCAGCUGCAGGACAAGCUGAAUGAGUCUGAUGGGCAGCAACAGGAGAAUGAGGGCUCCAACCAGAUAGUCAUGGGGAUCCAGAAACAGAUUGACAACCUGAAAAGCAAACUCCAGGAGACCCAGGACAGGAGGAAGCGCCAGGAAGAUCUCAUCAUGAAAGUGGAGAACCUAGCCCUCAAGACGCGUCUCCAGGCCGUGCUGGAUGAGUUCAAGCAGCAGGAGGAGCGAGAGAAGCAGCAGAUGACGUCCCUGCAGGAGCAGCUGGAGUCCCUCAUGGAGAAGUGA